CGAGCGGGCGCCGGCGAAGGAGCCCGCGAAGCUCUCCAGCGCCGCGGUCGGUCUUUUGUCUGCGGGGGACCGGCGGCGGCUGCGCCUGCUCGGCUCGCUCUGCCUGGAAGGAAGCGGCGGCGGCACCUGCGAAGCCCCGUCCCGGGCACACGGAAAGGGGCAUCCCCGGCGCGCAUCUGGGCAGCUGUUGCGCAAAGAGACAAAAAAACCUGCUGGGGGGGGGGAGGUAAAAAGACGGGGAGGGAAAAAAAGGCAGCUGUUAAGGUGGACUCGCUCUUAAGGUGGACGGAUUCUCGAGACUGUUGUCGCGGCUCUUAAGGUGGAUCCUUUUUUGAAAGGUGGAUCGGACGUCCAGGUUGGAGUUCUUGGUUUUGGGGCAUUGCAUCAGUCGGAGGUUUUUUUUGCAAUUAUUCUUGAUUGGAGUUUUGGGUCUUUUUUUUAUUGUUCGGAGAUGGAUCGCUAAUCCUUUGGCCGACGGGGCGACGAUCUUCUUUCUAUUCUUCCUCCCCAGAAGACCAAGAGGGUUGAAUCCAGGGGAGGGGGGUGAGUUCUUUCUUGCGUUUGCGAUUUCUCCCUCCCCUCCCUGGCAGAAAUGGGGCUAGUUUGCUAGCCGGGGCGCACGAACGGACCCUGUUUUUCCCUCCCCCUGUGACAAUGACUAAAUCCCGGCCUUUUUGCAGAAAAAGACAGCCGAUGGAAGAAGCGGAGCUGGGGAUUCAAAGCCAGAAAUUUAGCAGCCGAGAAUUGGACAGGAGAGAAGGUUUACUGUUUCAACAAGUUUCUAGUUCUUCUUGAUUGUUCUUGAAAGGAGGGGGAGGGGCCUCUUUGAAAACUUAGCAUUUUUUUUUUAAAAGAAAAAUAUAAAAUAAGGAGAGAGAGAGGGCUUUCGGGCAGCCGUCCGUCUUUUCCCCUUGUUUUCAUCUCUACAUACUUUUUUUUUUGUCACCAACCCUUUUCAAGAACCAAAGGAGGACUAAAAGACAUGGAAACUGUUGGGAAAUUUGCAUUCAGCAGGAAAGACUUGAUCGGCCAUGGAGCUUUUGCGGUGGUUUUCAAAGGGAGACACAAAGAGAAACCCGAACUGGAGGUUGCGAUCAAAUGCAUUAACAAGAAAAACUUGGCCAAAUCCCAAACUCUGUUGGGGAAGGAGAUUAAAAUACUCAAGGAACUGAAACACGAAAACAUCGUAGCCUUGUAUGAUUUCCAGGAAAUGGCCAACUCUGUUUAUUUGGUUAUGGAGUACUGCAAUGGGGGUGAUCUGGCAGAUUACUUGCACAGUAUGAGGACACUCAGUGAGGACACGAUCCGACUCUUUCUCCAACAAAUCGCUGGCGCCAUGAAGGUGUUGCAUAGCAAAGGGAUCAUCCAUCGGGAUCUGAAACCUCAGAAUAUCCUCCUUUCCUUUGCGGGGGGCAAAAAAUCAAACCCCAAUAACAUCCGCAUUAAGAUCGCUGAUUUUGGAUUUGCCCGGUACCUACAAAAUAACAUGAUGGCUGCGACUCUCUGUGGUUCCCCGAUGUACAUGGCACCAGAAGUCAUUAUGUCCCAACACUAUGACGCCAAAGCUGACCUGUGGAGUAUUGGCACCAUCAUUUACCAGUGUCUGACAGGAAAAGCGCCCUUCCAGGCCAGCAGUCCUCAAGACCUUCGCCUCUUCUAUGAGAAAAACAAGAUGCUAAUGCCCAACAUCCCCAGAGAGACGUCCAGCCACUUGAGGCAGCUGCUGCUCGGACUCCUACAACGAAAUCACAAGGACCGCAUGGAUUUUGAUGAAUUUUUCCAUCACCCUUUCUUGGAUGCAAGUGCCUCUAUGAAAAAAUCUGCUUCUUUGCCAAUGCCUUCUUACCCAAGCUCGGCCUCCGGGAGUUCCUCCAGCAGCUCUUCCACAUCCCAUUUAGCAUCUCCCCCUUCCCUCGCGGAGAUGCAGCGUAUGCAGGAGAAAGUCUUGGCCUCUCCAACCCAAGAUUCUCCCGGCUUCCUACAUGGGUCGAAGGAAUCGGCGGGCAGCAGUAGCAAGAAUUCCUCCUGCGACAUUGAUGACUUUGUUAUGGUGCCAGCUCAAUUUUCAAGUGAUCUAGCGGCGGAAGCUGCCGGAGGGAAAACCAUUCAGGACAGCCUGAUGUGCAGUGGGAGUUCCCUGGUAACUUCAGCAGGUUUGGAGAGUCAGGGGAGGACGCCGUCUCCUUCGCCCCCUUACUGCAGCUCUCCCAGCCCUUCAGGCAGACCUGGCCAGUUUUCAUCGAGCAGCAAAUACGGGCAGUCGGUCCCCAUCCCAGUCCCUACGCAGAUCCACAACUACCGACGGAUCGAGCAGAACCUUCAGUCUCCCAAUCAGUACCCUUCUCCACGGUCUGGUGUGGUCAGGAGGUCGAGUAGCACGAGCCCACUUGGCUUUGCAAAGGCCAGCCCUUCCCCUCCGUUUGGUGCCGGGGAGCAUGGAGCGGUACCCUCUUCCCGGAGGUUCUCCUUUGGCGGUGCAAAGCCUUACACGCCGUCCCCUCAAGUGGGAACCAUUCCUGAGCAACCUGACCAGACGAUUAUUCCUUCCUCUCUUGGAGCAGAGAUGAGAAGCCGGGUACCCAUACCUGGCGCCUCCGUGCCUGACCCUUCCCUGCGAGGGAUGGGCUCCCGCCUCCACAGCGCUCCCAACCUGUCAGAUAUGCAUUCCUGCCGGCAGAAGAUCACCAAGCAAUACUCGGAUCCCUUGGUCGCCCAUUUCAGCCACGCCCCUCAGUUCAGCCAUGCGCCAGCCAGCCAGCCCACGACGGCGCAUGGCCGCCCGCUGCGGUCUUCACCAAAGCUUUCUGAGUUUAUGCAGAGGAGCCCCUUGCCGACUAUUAUGGGCUCUCCAACGAAGGCUAUGUCUCCUUUUGAGUUCAACAAAAACCCCAGCUCCCAAAACCUGCUCGCCCUCCUGGCCCACCAGGGCGUCAUGAUAGCCCCAACGAGGAACAAGACUCUUCCGGACCUGAAGGAAAUGGGCCACUUCCACUGUCUGAGGCCUAUGGAAGAAGCCAAGGGCAGAUCACUCAGUACUGGCCGCCUCACUGACCUCCUUCUCAAGGCUGCUUUUGGGGCCCAGAUCCCAGAAGGUGGCAGCAGCGACAGCUUGAACAAUGAGAGGCCCAUGGAAAUCACAGCUCCUUCAGUUGCUGCCUGUGGAGGUAACAUACACUCCGGGGCCAGGGAUGGAGGCUCGGCAAGCCCUUCCCCAGUGAUCUUCACCGUUGGAUCCCCUCCCAGUGGGACGACACCACCGCAGACCACUCGGGCCAGGUUGUUUUCAGUGGGAUCUUCCAGCUCAUUAAGUUCUGGAGGCUCGUUCAGCGGGCGGCACUUCAUCCUGGGAGCGGGUGCUGAGAUGCUGGAAGCUCCCUCGGGGCUCAGGUACACGUUUGCUGACCCCAUCACUGCCAACCUGGAAGGAACAGUGACUUUUGAGGCACCUGAGCUGCCAGAAGAGACCCUGAUGGAGCAAGAGCACACGGACAUCUUGCGCAGCUUGCGUUUCACCCUGGCCUUCGUCCACUACGUGAUGGAGAUUGCGGCCAUCAAAGGGAACACGAGUGAGAUGAACAGCUCAGUGGCCUCCGAGUACCAGCUGCAGGAGAGCAUUGUGGCCGACCAGAUCAGCCUGCUCAGCAAAGAAUGGAGCUACGCAGAACAGCUGGUGUUAUACCUGAAGGUCGCGGAACUCUUAUCCUCGGGCCUCCAAAUGGCAAUUGACCAGAUCCGGGCAGGCAAGCUGUGUCUCUCCUCCACGGUCAAGCAAGUGGUGAGGAAGCUGAACGAGCUGUACAAAUCCAGCGUGUCGUCCUGCCACUGCCUGAACAUGCGGCUGCAGAGGUGGUUCUUGGAUAAGCAGAAGCUCAUGGACCGCAUCAACAGCAUCACUGCCGAGAAGCUCAUCUUCAGCCAUGCCGUGCAAAUGGUUCAGGCUGCGGCGCUGGACGAGAUGUUCCAUCACCGAGAAGACUGCGCACAAAGAUACCACAAGGCGCUGCUGCUGAUGGAGGGGCUCUUGAACAUCAUCACAGAGCAAGGGGACAUUGAAAACAUUAACAAAUGUAAAAUGUGUAUUGAGCGCCGACUCUCAGCCCUGCUAUCCGGGAUCUGUGCAUGACAACAAGCCCUCGCUCCACAGAUGGCCACCACCGGUUUCUCAGAAACCCCCUGCUGAGGAGGGGGGGGCAGCGAACCUCAUUCAGACAAGCCCCUGCCACGGGCCUCUUGAAUGCCAGCAGGCGUCUUGUUCCCUGUGGCUGUCUUCGAGGAGGUUGUUCCCUGGUUUGGAUUUCCUCUCCUCUCCCUCCCUCUUGGGGAGGGGCAGCAAGGACGAUGGCGAGCCUUUUGCUGCAGUGAAAAAGAAGAGGAAGGCACAAAUGGGAUACCAGAAUGCUUUCCCCUCUUCUCUUUUGGUGGCAGAUACCGGAUAAAAGAUCAAACCUCCUUCGCGUGCCCCCUUGAGAGGAUGGGGCUGUCGCUGAGCUGGCCCUCUCGGCAAACCGGUGACGAUGUAUAGCUUUGUGCUCCAUCGCUGGCGGUGGAUGUAACAAACGCUUUUCCUUGACACGAGGAGUUGGUUGGGAGGACGUGUCAUUGGUUGGAAAGAACUUAAUUCUGCAAUUGGGUCCUGUGGCCCAACUUCGCUGAUAGCCAAUCUCUCGCUUUCUGAAGAAAUGUCCCGCCUCCUGCUUCCCCCCCCCCCUUUCCAUUCAACACCUAUUAAUGCAUUUCAGUACUUGCAGCAUGAGAACAGGAGGUGCACAGCAAAAUCGAAACUCCCCCUUUGCCUGGGCAACUACAGCUUUUAUCCUCCCAUAGAAAAGCUGGAAUCUGCUUUCGGGACAGAACGUUGCGGGAAGGGGGGCAGUUCCUUGCUUGGUUAUAUGGGAAGGGCAGCCAGGAGAUUUUUUUAAAAAAUAAAUCUUUAUCUACAAACUACUUGGAGCAGCAGAAAUCAACUAUGAACUGUCUUGCAUCAGUUUCAAGAAGCCAAAAUGUGUUAUAUAUAUAUAUAUAUUUUCUUCAUCCAAAGGAGAAAAUCUUAAGUAGAUGCAUGGAUCUAGCUGCCCUCUCCUUCCACCGCUACGUAUCUGGCAUGAGAAAGCAUCUGUGGUGUUUCCGGCUUUCGGCCAUGGGUCACGAAUUAAGCCCUCUUUCCCAGGAAGAACACACACACUCACACACACACAACACACAAGCUUUGUGAAUCAAAGGAGCACUUUACAGACUGUUUGAACUUGACCUUCGGGCGUUGCAUCCCACAGUGAUCCAAGGACAUUGUCACUUCUAGGAAUGCUGUUCCCCGAGUCCUUGUCCCCUCCUUCGGCCCGUUUGUUGAUAUAUUGUUGGUUGAUUGGUUGUUGGGUUUGGGUAUUUUUUUUUUAAAGAUUGCACUACGAGUGUGUAUGUGUGUUUGUGCGUACAUAUAUAUUAAUACAUAUUCCUAGUGUCAAUAUGUAUUAAUGUGUAUAUUCUAUAACGUAUAAUGUAUUGUACGUGUUUUAAUUGUACUGUAUCUUCUGCUUGCGAGGAGGAAGAAAGGAAACCAGCCAGACCGCUCACUUUCUCUCCAGGCUAAGCUGCACUAGUACUAGAAACAGUUCGCUUUUAAUGUUUUCAUGAGUGGUCCCCGUCACCAGACACCAUUGACAGCUCAGAGAUGAACCGUUCCAUCUUGCCUGCUUACGAGUUAACACAAUACAUUUUUAUUUUACUGUAUUUUUAUUUGGGCCAUUUUGGUGGUUGUUUUUUUAAAAAAAUCAGAUUUUUUGGAGCUGUUUGUUUUUACCGUCAGCAAUGUUUCUCUGUUAAAAGCAACUACGUAGCCAAAAGGAAAGGAGGUGUGCUGUGUGUGUUUGUGUGUGCCUGUUGGCACCUGUGCAGCUGUGUUUUGUCCGUGCGGCUGGAAGGUGUUGCAGCUGCAAGCCGACGUGUGAGAGGAGGUCUUUUCUAGUGGAGGCGUGUUUUUGAGCGGGUGGUUUUUAUAGAACGGAUCCGGUUCACAGCAGUAUUUUGCCAGGCUGCGACGCUUCCUCGGCAAACAAAACCUUCAUCUUAAAGAGCGGGGUCAGAUGUGUUCAUUUGCACAUGGCAGGUUCGGUCAUUGUCAUUUGUUUUCUGGCAUGUUGGCAUGUGGGUUUUUGUUGUUUCUCUUUUCCCUUCAAAAAUAUGCAAGGAACGACCCAGUUGACUGGGGAAGCCAGAAUAAUCUGUGGUGAUAGACAGAUUGGCACGGAGGGGGGGGGGGAUAAACAAAUAAGUAGCCCACCCGAGACAAAAUCCAGAUGUCUGCAUAACUAGCACAUUUCAUGGGGAUCUGUAGCUUUUACCAUGGCAUCACUUGCCAUACCUAAAUCACGUUCAGAAGAAGGAAGGGCUGGUGUCCCUUGCAACAGCCGACUUCAGUGUGGCAGCUCAAGUUCACAUGAGCAUGACGUCGGAGAUGCUGCUGCUCUGGUCCGAUCCACACUUUGUCAGUGUUUAGUUUAGCGGGGUGAGGUCUGCUGUUGCUCUCUCUUUCGGGGGUGCCCUUUAAAAGUUCUUCCUUGGCCUGACAGUCCACAUAGCAUGAAGUACAUGACAAGCGAUCUCCCUUUCCAGUUCCUGUUAUUCCAUUCUCUGUCACCCCUUCCAGGGCUCGCACUCCAUUCAUGCAAAUAUAACCAAAGGUUAACAAAGUGGGGGCCGUGGAGAGAAACUCAGUAAAUCAAAGCCAAAGUCGACUUUGUACCCAGCAGCCCUCUUAUUCCUUCUGCGUGUUACAACACUGGCAUGAUGCAUACGGUAUGACAAAGCCUGGGAGAACCUUCAGGCUGCCUUAUGCCGUGCCCCCACCCCCCAGAAAGCCAUUAAAGGAUGGAUUUCUGCUUUAGGGGCAAACCAGAGCUUAUAAUUUCGUUCAAACCACCAAGCGCUCAUUUGUACUCUGCCUUAGUGGUUUGGAAUUGUGGUUCGUAGGGAAGAGGGAAAACCAUAGUUUUGGAUCUGGGACACCCACACCGCCCUCCCAUUGUGCUCCUCAAAAAUUUUUCUGUGGGGGGAGGGAAGGAUCCUCUUGAACAGCAUAUGGGGAAAAGUGUGUGGGGGGGUCUGCAGUGGAAGGGUAAAUCGAUCAAAAGUACCCUCCUCCACUGAUUCACGGGCCUUCCAUCAUUGGAAGCAGACUAGGAUCCAAGAUAUAAGUAGUUUUUUUGUGUUUGGGGUGUAACAAAAAAAAAUACCAGGCUUCUUGAAGUAACAGCAAGCCAUUUUGAGUCACUAAAUGUGAACAAUCAUUUUGUGUUCCCAUCUUAUUAAUGCUGAAAUACCACAUCUUUCCUCUGUCCUUAUAGUGCAGUUCCCCAAAAACUGCCUGGAACUGUCUAGUACUCCCUCUUUGGUCUGCCACCCAAUUCAGCAUAUGAGAAUUUUAAUAUAGUAAUCCGUUAUCGAUUAAAUCAGCGUAAAUUUGCACAGGAAGAAAACAGUAGUUUUUUUUAAAAAAUCUGUGUUGCAGCAGCUACCAUCUGAGAAGAGGCAUUCUGUUCUGCGUGAGAGAGGCGCAGAUUGCCUUUUCUAAGACGGCACUGAUAGCCCUGUAGUGUGUAUUUUUAAUGGUGCGCAAGUAUGCCACAGAAGAGGCAUGCUCUCCUUUGGGGAAAGCAAAAAGGAAUGCCUCUUCCAAAAUGGCACCUACAGUCCUUAUAAGAUUUAUAUAUAAUAAUUAUGUUUUAGGUUGGCCAGUAAAUUGCAGAUGCCGUUUUAGUAAACACAAGCUUUCUAUUUGAUCUAACGAAUCAGACACUUGUCGCCCUUAAGCCCAUCAACGUCCAUACUGUGCAAUGACAUCUUGGAUAGCUUUAUUUAAUCAGAAGCGUGCAUUGAAAGCAAGGAGACGUGUGGCUCUGAACGUGUGAACUUUCCAGAAAUGCACAAUGAGUUGACGCUACUGCGGGUACCCGCAAAUGCAGCCGCCGAAGCCUGCUUCACCACAAUGUUUGCAACCCUGCAAACACCACCGGUUCUCCCCUAGCUAUACCAGCAGCUGCAUAAAUAAACAGCCCUGGUUUUUUUCCUGCCAUUUAAAGAGAGGUGGGAUUUAGACGCUGGAAUACUUACAGCCAUGGAUUUAACAACAACGCAUCCAUUUUGCCAGCUUGGCACUAACUUUCCAGCUAUACUUAGUUACUUGAAUGUAUCAAAGUUGUCCGCAUUCAACCUAGGCAUUGUUUCCCCCACCCCUUCCCCCUGCCCAAAUAUGUGGUUUACAGAUCUUCAACCUAUAUUUCUCAAUACUUGAAAUGUAGCCACUUGUGCUUGGAUUAAAAAUAAUAAAAGAAGCGAGGCAUCUUUUGCCACCAUGUUGGUGGUUUUAAUUCUGCCCCCUCCCAAUCUUAACUGCAUGUAGCAUGAAGCAAACUCUUUUUGGGGGGAGGUGGAAAAAUAGUAUUUAUUGCUUUGUAAACUAGUACAGAAUAGAAAAGGGUUUUUAUAUUAAAAAAAGAGAAAAAAGAAAACCCAAGCAAAAGUGGCUAUUGUAGUCUAUUCACUAUCGUUAAUGGAUUUGUUACUGUUGUAUGUAUGUAGCGUCUUCAAUUAGAUUUCAAGAAACCUCAACCGUAUGUAUCUUCAGGUUCGUGAGGAAGUGUGCGCGGUUUGGUGUUCACAUGGCUAUGCUUGAUAAUGUCAUUUUUAUUAUUAUUUCGUGUCUUGUGAUUUUUUUUUUUGCUUUGAAUUGUAUAAUGCCAACUUAAGAAAAUAAAUUGGUUUCUAAUUGUU